GGAUAUCCGUAUUCUGAAUCGAGCAACAUGUCUGGUCGCGGAAAGGGUGGAAAAGUCAAGGGAAAGGCGAAGUCCCGUUCCAAUAGGGCGGGAUUGCAGUUCCCCGUGGGUCGUAUCCACCGUUUGCUGAGGAAAGGAAACUACGCUGAACGCGUCGGUGCUGGUGCACCGGUCUACCUGGCUGCAGUCAUGGAAUAUCUGGCCGCUGAAGUUUUGGAGUUGGCUGGCAACGCCGCUCGUGACAACAAGAAAACUAGGAUCAUCCCUCGUCAUCUGCAACUCGCCAUCCGCAAUGACGAGGAGUUGAACAAGCUGUUGUCCGGUGUAACCAUUGCCCAAGGUGGUGUUUUGCCGAACAUCCAGGCCGUAUUGCUACCCAAGAAGACCGAAAAGAAGGCAUAAUCGACAUAAUCUGGCAUCUGAUACAAAUGGCCCUUUUCAGGGCCACAAAAUUUUUUUUACGAUGGCGUAUUCUGUUCAGCAUUAAUGCUAU